UCUCUCUCCCAGUUCUCCUUUUCUGCCUCCGUCUCGGAAUAAAAUCCCUCUCCUUUUUUAAUUUGGCUUCCUUUCCCUGAGCUUGUGGCCUCAUUCAAUAUUUAUAUAUAUAUCUUUUCAUUUCAUAUGCUGUCUUGUGCUUAUUUCCUCAGCUUUGGGUCAAAAAUAAAGCCAUCAAACGACCAAAUUUCACCAUACCACCUUAACUAACACCUCUGCUUCCCUUUCCUGGUGGUUUUCAACAAGGAGAGACUUUUCAAGAUUUUGAGCUUUGGGUUUCCUGUUAAAUACAACUUCAAAGGUAGCCCUUCUACGAGUUAGUAUUAAGAGUGAACUUAUUUAUCAUUGCAGGUAUCGUGAGGAAAUGAAGAUUACCAUUAAUGGAUCAACCAUGGUACGCCCAGCUCGAGACAUGCCAAAUCGACGUCUGUGGAACUCGAAUCUGGACUUGGUGAUAUCAAGGUAUCAUGUUGCCUCGGUGUGUUUCUACAAAUCGGAUGCUUCUUCCAAUUUCUUUGACACCCAAUUGCUUAAGGAGUCUUUGAGUAACAUUCUCGUCCCGUUCUAUCCCAUGGCUGGGAGAUUGGGAUAUGAUGAAAAUGGAAGACUCGAGAUAGUCUGCAACGCGGAGGGAGUAUUAUUCAUAGAGGCGGAAACCGCUACUACCAUAGAUGACUUGGGCGAUUUUGCACCGAGCUCGAAACUUGGGCAGCUGGUUCCAACAGUCGACUAUUCGGGAGAUAUCUGUUCUUUUCCACUCGUUCUGUUACAGGUGACAAGCUUCAAACAUGGAGGGGUUUGUCUUGGUGCUGCAUUUCAACAUACUUUGGUGGAUGCGCCAUCAGUCAUUUAUUUCAUGAAAAGUUGGUCUAACACAACCCGAGGCCUACCCAUUAAUGUUACCCCAUUCAUUGAUCGCACCCUUCUCCGAGCUCGGGUGCCACCAGCUCCUGCAUUUCACCAUGUUGAAUACGAUCCAUCUCCUCCCUUGAACACAUCUAUUUCAACUCCAAAUUCUCAAGCUGGUCCCAAACCUUCAUCUACAUCUAUUUUCAAAAUCACUGCUGAUCAGCUGAAAACCUUAAAAUCCAAGGCAACCAUGAAUGGCAACACAACAAAAGCAAAUCGUAGCACAUACGACGUCCUGACUGCACAUAUAUGGCGUUGUGUGUGCAAAGCGAGGGGCCUUGCGGAUGAUCAAGUGACCAAGUUAUACAUUCCAGUCGAUGGACGGUCCAAAUUACAUCCACCUAUUCCACCAGGCUACCUUGGCAAUGUUAUCUUCAUAGCUGCAACAACUGCUCUGUCAGGUGUUCUCCAAUCCGAACCAUUUGCGGAUACAAUACAAAGAAUCAACAGAACGGUAAAACGGAUGGACGACAAGUAUAUGAGAUCAGCUCUUGAAUUCCUAGAAAGUGUACCUGAUAUGGAGACUCUUGUGCGAGGAGCACGUACUUUUCAGUCCCCAAACCUCAACAUCAAUGGCUGGAUGCGACUUCCGGUAUAUGCUGCAGAUUUCGGAUGGGGUCGCCCCAUGCACGUGGGAUUGGCAAAUGUCAUCAACGAAGGACAAAUAUAUAUCAUACCAAACUCUGUAGAUGAUGGGAGCUUGUCAUUGGUGGUUUGCUUGGAGACAUCCCACAUGAAACACUUUGAGAAGUCUCUUUAUGAUUUCUUAUUGCCAUUUGAGAAAAUAAAUUCUCGCUAUUAGUUUGUUCUCCCUAUCAUUAUAUAUGUACCUUUGGAAAGCAGAGGCUUUCCUUUCAAGAAGAUUUGGUCAAGAA